AUGGAGGGAGAAACCUAAGACUGCCCUGCCAGCAUUCUACCAUCUCCUAAAACUCUGCAGUUCUAUUACUGAAAGAAAGGUCAGAAGACAGCAGAGAGGACAGGGUUUAUUCACAUACAAUUGGGCUUCAAAGGACAAGAAAGGUGUUUUAUUUCCUAUUCAUCUAGUUGAAGAUUUCACAGCAUCUUCAUAUCGGCACCCGUGUCAGUCCAGACAAGGAACUGAUUUGAAAUACAUUUCCUGAGUUGUAGCAUAUUUAAAAAGGAAGUGCAGUAGACGGGGUGGUUCAUGACUCAAAGCACAGCAAGUUUUGCUGCUCAUACAGAGAAAAUAGAGCCACACAGCUGAUGCUUAAAGCACCAAAGCAGCAAGUAAAGGUGAAACUCAGGCUUUGUAACCAACUCCAGCCAUGCAUGACAGCGCUUGGGUGGGGACCUGGAGGCCUCACCGUCCAAGGGGCCCAGUAAUGGCCCAGUUUACCAGUCCAGGACCAAAGUACUGGAUAGAGGGAACAACAGGUUACAUGAAGCACAACCCCACCAAAAGGAAAGCCCCUGCCUACACUUUUAAGGGGGCAAAGCCCUUGCUUAAUGAAACCUGUUCUCCGGGGCCUUAUUCUGUGGAAUCCUCAAUGACCAGGAAUGGAAAGGGAACUUCCCCAGCGUAUACCAUGUGUGGGCGCCCGAAGGUGAAAACUGAGGUCACACCUGGCCCAAGCGAUUAUUCACCAGAGAAGUCAAUAAAGCAUGUUUAUAAAUGUGCUCCUGUGCAAUCCAUAUCGUUCAGGACUAGGUGCUUCCGCGUAGACGGCACUCCAGGUCCUGCUGCAUACACUAUCCCCGGGGUGAUGGGACCCAAUACGGUGGACAAAACGGCUAGCCCUUGUUAUUCCAUGAAAUGGAAGAGUAAGCUCGGUCGUUAUGAUGAGGAUCUCCAUCAGACACCAGGUCCAGCUGCAUAUAGAAAGGUAGAGGUUGAUGUGUACAAAAAGAGAGCCCCUAAGUACAGCAUGAGCACCCGGAGUAAGCCUGCAGGAAAUGCAGUACAACCUGGACCUGGAGACUAUUAUCCUGGAAAGGUAACACUGAUCAAGCCUUGUGCCCCAACUGUUACCUUUGGAAUCCGACACUCUGAGUACACAAUGCCUUUGAUAGUGGACGUCUAUUGACUGUCACACAAGCUGCCUUACAGAAACUACAUUUAUUUUUCUAUAUCAUGUUACUUUGUAUUUUAAAGCUGCCAGUUUUUAUACAAAUUCUUAACAAUCAGCUGUCUACAAUAAGUUUCAACACGUUAUGGAACUGAAGGAUGACACAUUCAGAAAAUGAUCACUUGCAAUAUUUUAACCUGCCUCUGGCUAGGAAGAAAUUUUCCAUGUCUCCCCUUAAUGAAGAGGACAUGCUGAAGCUAGCAGUAUUACCCUGACAUAUGGAUCUUGCUGUAUCCACCAGCUGAGAGUCUGGACCUUGCAUCAGUGCAUUGCAGCAUCUGGGGCCUAGUUUGUUCCAGAAACUGGGAAUUCACAUAACUAUAUAUGUAAAGAGUCACUCAACUUCCUACUCCUGAGCUAUUCUGUUUACUCCAUGAUUACCCUCACUGUACAUGUCAUUUAUCUCUUUUAUUGUGUUCUAUUGCAGCAUUAGAACAAAAAAAUAAAUCAGGGAGUCAAUAUUUAUCAUGUCAAACUAGCUGAAUACCUCAAUCUACCUUUAGAUGGAGCUACAGACUAAAGUUUAAAGGGACACUGUGUGCUUAAAAGUUGUUACAUCUUUAGAUUAUUAAAACAUGAACAAUUUAAAAAGGCUUUUUAUCGCCCAUGUCUAGUUUAAUUUUCCUUUUCACUCAUCUUGGAUAAUUGGGGUCGGGGGGCGGGAGAGGGGGGUAUAAUUAGUGAAAUUCCACUUCUGGUUCUCAUGCUUUAGGAAAAUACUGCCAUGUUAGAAUUGCUAGAAAGUGUUUAAAUCCUAAAUUUAAAAAAAUUCAUUAGAAUUUAAAAAAAAUAAAGCCUAGAUUGACAACGACUUCCUCCAUAACCCCAGGAGAAACACUGUUCUUGCUCUCUUAGCUACUGUAUGCUGGAAGUCUGUGGAAAUACAGCGCCUCACAAGGUCCACAUGCAGGCCAAGCAUAAGUACAGGCUGCAUUCAGGAAGCACAGAACUAUUCCCUCCAUACUCUUCCCGCCCCAAGAAGCGCACUACCCUAAAAAGGAGAAGGUGGGCUUUGGGCAAACUGCAGCUACACAUCACCCUUUGGAGAA